AUGGUGAAGCUCAUCGCUGUCCUUACUGUAUUUAGUUUGUUGUUUGCUACUCGAUUUUCUAAUGCUGUUGAACUAAAAAGUCCAUCCGAAGCACCUGCCAUUCAUAAGAUGGGAGGAGAAGGUUCACUUACUAUAGAAGAAUGUCCGAAAGCAUGUGAUUUCCGAUGUUCGGCGACAUCUCACAAAAAACCAUGUUUAUUCUACUGCAACCUAUGUUGUAAGAAAUGUUUAUGUGUACCGUCAGGAACGUAUGAACAUAAAGAAGAAUGUCCUUGCUACGAUAACUGGAAGAACAAAAGAGGCGGACCAAAAUGUCCAUAA